CUGAUGCAAUCUCUGUGAGAUGAGGGGAGGACAAAUUUACAAUUUUAGCUAUUGCAAUCAGCUGAAAAUUAUAUGAACAUUUACUAAUUUCAACUCUAAUAACUAACAUUGUUCCCAGGUCACCUUAACAUAGGCCUUAUGAGAAAGAGAGGAAAACGACAGCAAAACCAGCACAAUGACAUCGGCCACAGAUUUUGAUAAUGUAGAGAUUCAACAGCAGUAUAGCCACGUCAAUGCUCGCUGGGAACUCUCUGAUGAAGGUGAACUCGAUAAUGACAACAGCUCGGCAAGAUUGUUUGAGCGUUCCAGGAUCAAAGCUCUUGCGGAUGAACGUGAAGUUGUGCAGAAGAAAACCUUUACCAAAUGGGUGAACUCUCAUUUGGCACGUGUGACUUGCCGCAUUACUGAUCUGUACACUGAUCUUCGGGAUGGCCGCAUGCUGAUUAAGCUGCUGGAGGUUCUUUCAGGAGAGCUACUGCCGAAGCCAACGAAAGGUCGGAUGCGUAUACAUUGCUUGGAAAAUGUAGACAAGGCUCUACAGUUUCUCAAAGAACAGAAGGUGCACCUGGAAAAUAUGGGGUCACAUGACAUUGUUGACGGGAGCCACAGGCUAACACUCGGUCUCAUUUGGACCAUCAUUCUUCGCUUCCAGAUCCAGGACAUCACUGUGGAGACAGAUGACUACCGUGAGACUCGGUCAGCAAAGGACGCACUUCUCCUUUGGUGUCAGAUGAAAACAGCAGGAUAUCCUAACGUAAACAUCAGAAACUUCACAUCAAGCUGGAAAGAUGGCUUGGCAUUUAAUGCCCUUAUCCACAAACACAGGCCUGAUCUGAUUCAGUUUGACAAACUGAAAAAGUCUAAUGCCAUGCACAACUUACAGCAUGCCUUUGAUGUCUCUGAGAAGCAUCUGAAUGUGACCAAACUGCUGGAUCCUGAGGAUGUUUUUACAGAGAAUCCAGAUGAGAAGUCAAUCAUUACCUAUGUGGUGGCAUUUUACCAUUAUUUCUCCAAGAUGAAGGCAUUAGCUGUGGAGGGGAAAAGGAUUGGCAAGGUGUUGGACAAUGCAAUUGAAACCCAGAAAAUGAUCGAUAAAUACGAAGAGCUGGCAUCUGACUUGCUAACGUGGAUCGAGCAAACCAUCAUUGUCCUCAACAGUCGGAAGUUUGCCAACUCAUUGACCGGAGUGCAACAGCAGCUACAGGCCUUCAACACUUAUCGCACAGUGGAAAAACCUUCUAAAUUCCAGGAGAAGGGUAAUCUUGAAGUGCUGUUGUUCUCCAUCCAGAGCAGGAUGAGGGCAAACAACCAGAAAGUAUACACACCACAUGAGGGCAAACUUAUCUCAGACAUUAACAGGGGCUGGGAAAGGCUGGAGAAGGCAGAGCACGAACGUGAGUUGGCCCUCAGGAAUGAACUGAUCAGGCAGGAGAAACUGGAGCAGCUAGCCCGCCGUUUUGACCGCAAGGCCUUUAUGAGGGAGACCUGGUUGUAUGAGAAUCAGCGGUUGGUGUCGCAGGAUAAUUUUGGCUAUGACCUGCCAGCUGUGGAAGCAGCAAUGAAGAAGCACGAAGCAAUUGAAACUGACAUUGCUGCCUAUGAAGAACGUGUGCAGACCCUUGUGGAUGUGUCACAGGAGCUGGAGGCUGAGAAUUAUCAUGACAUUACACGCAUUAAUGCCAGGAAAGAAAACAUCAUGCGCCUGUGGGAGUAUCUUUUGGAGCUGCUUAAUGCUCGGCGAGCCAGGCUGGAAAUGAACUUAGCCCUUCAGAAGAUUUUCCAGGAGAUGCUUCACAUCAUUGACUGGAUGGAUGAAAUGAAAAUACGACUCUUAUCACAGGAUUGUGGUAAACAUUUGAUGGGUGUGGAGGACUUACUCCAGAAACAUGCAUUGCAGGAAGCUGACAUUGUGGUUCAGGCAGACAGAAUGAAAAUAGUCAAUGCAGGAGCACUCAAGUUUACUGAAGGAGAAGGUUACACACCCUGUGAUCCCAAUAUAAUCAAGGAUCGUGUCAAUCAUCUGGAGCUGUGUUAUGAGGAGCUUUGUGUGUUGGCAGCAGAAAGGAAGGCCCGCCUUGAGCAAUCACGUCGCCUUUGGACGUUCUUCUGGGAGAUGGCUGAAACUGAGAGCUGGAUUCGAGAAAGAGAGCAGAUCAUCUCAUCGCAAGAUUAUGGGAAAGACGUUACCAGCAUUAUGAUUCUGCAAAGCAAACAUAAAACACUGGAGGAUGAAUUAGGUGGUCUCAGGACUCAUCUGCAGCAGACAAUUAAACUAGGCAAUGAUAUGAUUGCAGAGAACCACUUUGCUUCACCUGAGAUCAAGAAACGAAUUGAGAAAGUUCUUGCGAUGUGGAAGGAUCUGGAGGAAUUGACUGCUUUCCGCAAGCAAAAUCUUCAGGAUGCCCAAAGCUUCUUUCAGUUCCAAGUGGAUGCAGAUGAUCUCAAAACUUGGUUACAGGACACUUAUCGUAUUAUGUCUUCAGAUGAUGUCGGCCAUGAUGAAUUUUCAACACAGACACUGAUGAAGAAACAGAAAGACCUGACAGAUGAAAUAAUGAAGUCUGGGACAGCUAUUGAUGGUCUAAAUAAACAGCUUCAGAGUCUCCCAGAUGAAUUCAGAAAAUUGCCAGAGAUAAUGGACCGCCAGCGGGAGAUAAAGGAGCUCUAUGCAGAUCUCAUAGCUCUAUCAGAUCUACGGAGGCAGCAACUCCAGGAUGCUCUUGCUCUCUAUGUGAUGUUUAGUGAAGCUGAUGCAUGUGAUUUGUGGAUGAAUGAGAAGGAGAAGUGGCUGGAGGGAAUAGAGAUUCCAAAGAAAAUAGAGGAUUUGGAAGUAGUACAGCACAGGUUUGAAACCUUGGAACAGGAAAUGAACAAUUUGGGGUCUCGGAUCAAUGAAGUAAAUAAUGCAGCGAACCACCUGAUAGAGAGUGGCCACCCCAGCACACAGGAAGUUAAAGCAUGCCAGGAUCAUGUGAACCAAAGAUGGAUGAUAUUCCAGCAGUUAGUGGGGAUGAAGAAGAACAAUGUGAACUCGGCAUUAAGUCUUCAGAAUUACUAUCUCGAGUGUGAUGAGACGAAAGUUUGGAUCUGUGAAAAAACCAAGCUCAUUGAAUCAACUCUGGAUCUGGGAAAUGACUUGGCUGGUGUUAUGACCACUCAAAGAAAGUUGUGUGGGAUUGAGAGAGAUCUAGCUGCCAUUGAAUCCAGGCUCCCAGAGUUGCAAAAGGUAGCCCAUACAUUGGCAGAUGAAUAUCCUAAUCAUGCCCCGGUUAUCCUGAAUAGGCUUAAGGAAAUCAAUGAUGUUUGGGAUGAGUUGAAACACACUCUUCAAGGUCGUGAGGAAUCACUUGGUGAGGCCAGUAAAUUGCAGAAAUUUCUGCAAGACUUGGAUGACUUUCAGCUGUGGCUAUCCAAAACACAAAAAGCUAUUGCUUCUCAAGAAGAGCCAAAUUCCUUACCUGAAGCGGAAAUGCUCCUCAGGCAACACAAUGCCAUAAGAAAUGAGGUAGAUCGUUAUGAGGAAGAUUACCAGAAGAUCAGAGAUAGUGGAGACAUCAUUACGCAGGGAGAAACAGACCCACAGUUUGAAAUAUUAGACCAGCGAUUGAAGGGAUUGGACACUGGUUGGAAUGAGCUUCUUCAGAUGUGGGAAAACAGAAAAGAUCUUCUUUCUCAGUCUCAUGGAUAUCAGCAGUUCCUCAGGGACAGCAAACAAGCAGACAGCAUUCUCAGCAAUCAGGAGUACAGUUUAAUGCAUGUUGAAAUGCCUAAAACCUUGGAGGCAGCUGAAGAUGCUAUCAAGAAACAAGAGGGUUUUAUGACAAGCAUGGAUGCCAAUGAAGAGAAAAUCAUUGGGACAAUCGAUGAAGGAGAAAAGCUCAUUGAAGAUGGAAAUAUUUUUAAAGACAAGGUGGUUGACAAGAUCAAAUCUAUUGAUGAAAGGUACAAAAGAAAUAGGAAACAGGCAAAAGAGGUGACUUCACAUCUAAAAGACAACCGCGAUCUUCAGCAUUUCCUACAGAACUGCCAAGAGCUUACUUUCUGGAUCAAUGAGAAGAUGCUCACAGCCCAGGACACUUCUUAUGAUGAAGCUCGCAAUCUUCACACAAAAUGGCAGAAACAUCAGGCAUUUAUGGCUGAGUUGGCAUCAAACAAGGAGUGGCUGGACAAAAUUGACAAGGAAGGGAAGCAGCUGAUGGAUGAGAAGCCAGAUUUUAAACCAGUUGUCUCAGAGAAACUGAAUGAACUGCAUGAUCAGUGGGAAGUCCUGGAUUCGACCACUAAAGACAAGGCGCACCGCUUGUUCCAAGCAAACCGGUCAGAGCUGUUCGCACAGGGCUGUGAAGACUUGAACAAAUGGAUGAAUGAGCUGGAGUCACAGCUGCAUUCUGAAGACUUUGGAAAGGACUUGACCAGUGUGAAUAUCCUGCUGAAAAAGCUACAGAUGAUGGAAAAUCAAGUGGAAGUGCGACAAAAAGAGGUGGAGGAUCUUCUAAGUCAGGCCAGACUUCUCUCCCAAGAAGGACAACUGGAGACUGAUGGGAAGGAAAAGAAUAUGGGAAAGAGAUUCUCACAACUGAUGGGCCCUCUGCAGGAACGCCGUCAAAAUCUUCUCUCAUCAAAGAUGCAUUUUCAGAUUUACCGGGAUCUGGAAGAUGAAUCUCUUUGGGUGAAGGAACGGAUGCCCUUAGCUACAAGCACAGACCAUGGCCACAAUCUGCAGGCAGUGCAGCUCUUAAUGAAGAAGAAUAAGACUUUACAGAAGGAAAUUCAAGGGCAUCGGCCACGUAUAGAUGAUGUGUUAGAAAGGGGAGAAAAGAUGAUUGCGAAUCAAAGACCCGAUGCAGGUACUAUAGAGGAGCAAUUGAAAGAGUUAAAAGGAUUGUGGGACAAACUACAGGAAGAAACAGAGAAAAGACAAAAGCGUCUGGAAGGUACAAAUGAAGCCCAGCAAUAUUAUCUUGAUGCUACAGAAGCUGAAGUUUGGAUGAGUGAGCAGGAGCUGUACAUGAUCUCUGAUGAUAAACCAAAGGAUGAAGCUAGUGCAACUUCGAUGUUGAAGAAACACCUGACCCUGCAGCAGGCUAUCUUGGAUUACGGAAAGACUAUUCAAGAGCUUGCAGACAGGGCUCAGAAGCUUCUUGCUGAAGAGCACCCGGAGGGUGAACAGAUCAUUAGGCGUCAGGGGCAGGUGGACAAGCUGUAUGCAGGACUCAAAGAUCUAGCAAAUGAGCGUAACAAAAAAUUGGAGGAUAUGCACAAUCUCUUCCAGUUGAACCGUGAGGUAAUGGAUCUGGAGCAAUGGAUUGCAGAAAGGGAUCUAGCAGCAUCUUCACAGGAACUAGGACAAGACUUUGAUCAAGUUACAAUGCUGAGGGAAAAGUUCCGUGAGUUUGCUCGGGAUACAGGGACAAUUGGUCAGGAAAGAGUGGACAGCGUGAAUAUGUUGAUCGAUGACCUUAUUGAUUCAGGUCAUUCAGAGGCCGCUGACAUUGCAGAAUGGAAAGACAGCCUGAAUGAAGCCUGGGCUGAUCUGUUGGAAUUGAUAGACACUCGAACACAGCUGCUGGCCGCCUCCUACGAACUCCACAAAUAUUUCUAUGAUGGCAAAGAGCUUCUGAGCCUGAUCCAGGAAAAGCACAAGGAGUUGCCAGAGGAGCUGGGCCGUGAUGCAAACACAGCAGAAUCUUUCCACAGGAUGCACAACACAUUUGAACGUGACAUCCAUUCCCUGGGAAUACAGGUUCAACAGUUCCAAGAUGAUGCAGGACGUUUGCAGACAGCAUAUGCAGGGGAUAAAGCUGCAGCAAUCCAGAAACAAGAACAGGAGGUGGUUGAGGCCUGGAAGGCACUUUUGGAUGCUUGUGAUGGUCGACGUACCCAGUUAAUUGAUACUGCUGAUAAAUUCCACUUUUUCAGUAUGGUCCGGGAUUUGAUGUCAUGGAUGGAAAGUAUAAUAAGGCAAAUUGAAACAGAAGAAAAACCACGGGAUGUCUCCUCUGUGGAGCUACUGAUGAAAUACCAUCAGGGAAUCAGAGCAGAAAUUGAAGCCAGAAACAAAAAUUUUGUGUCCUGUAUUGACUUGGGCAAGACGAUGUUAGCCCGCAAACAUCAUGCUUCUGAUGAGAUUAAGGAGAAGUUGGUACAACUCACAGAGAACAGAAAAUUGAUGAUGGAUAAGUGGGAUGAACGCUGGUACUGGUUACGCCUUUUACUUGAAGUAUGCCAGUUUGCAAGGGAUGCGUCAGUUGCUGAAGCGUGGCUGAUUUCUCAGGAGUCCUAUCUCAGCAGUCGUGAAUUGGGCAACAAUGUGGAUGAGGUUGAAAAACUAAUCAAGAGACAUGAGGCAUUUGAAAAAUCAACAGCUACAUGGGAUGAGAGGUUUGCUGCGCUGGAAAGACUCACCACUUUGGAGUUACUGGAGAUUCAAAAACAACAAGAAGCUUUCAGGCAGAGCAAGGAAGCAAAAGUACUGCCAGAGGCACAACUAGAUCAUGAGCAAAAAACAUCUGUUCCAACUCAUGAAGAGAAAGCACAGAAAGAAGGGUGGAAUAUGGACGUCCAGGAGGCAGCAGAAUUAACCCCCCAUGUAACAGAAGAACCAUCACUGAUAACUACAAUUGAAGAUCAGUCCACCAUGGUAAAUGGUACUGAUAGCCCAGAAGAUAAAACUAUGGAGAGUGAAGAAAAAUCAGAGUUAGAAGAGAAGCCUUACGAAAGGGCCUCCAAGCUUCCACCCCUGAUAUUGCCAGCAAUGGAAAUUGAAAAGCCCAGAACUUCAUCUACACUUCCCAGUUUUACCUCAAAAGAAGAAAUUGCCCAACUGGAGGGAUACCUGGGACGUAAACAUGAACUGGAAGGACCUAGCAAGAAGGCAUCAAACAGGUCAUGGAUCACCUUGUAUUGUGCCCUGAAGAGUGGUGAAUUUUACUUCUACAAGGACACAAAGAAUUGUAGUGCAGGUGUAACAUACCAUGGAGAAGACCCACUGAAUCUGAAAGAUGCUACUUGUGAAGUGGCUGCUGAUUACAAGAAGAAAAAACAUGUAUUUAAACUGCGGUUGAACAAUGGUUCCGAGUACCUGUUCCACGGCAAAGAUGAGGAGGAGAUGCACAACUGGAUCCACAAUCUCAACAUAGCAAUUGCAGAGCAUAACAAGCCACAGAGUGCAAAACAGGGUGAUGUCAGGGCACAUACCCUCCCUCUCCCCUCUGUGAUUGUCCAAGAAACAAGUCCCGGCAAAAAGGACAAAGAAAAAAGAUUCAACAUUUUUGCAAAAAAGAAAUGAUUAUCAUUUAAACCAGGAAAAAAAAAUGUUGUAGUGCCUAAUUUACAAAGAGGUGGCAGUGCUUAAACUACACCACUGAGGUGAUGCUAGUUUCUGCAAGUGUAAAUAUAUAUUUCAUCUUUAUAGAGCGUGUAAAGAGAGUAACAUCUUUUUAUUAAUUUCCUGAAACCAUGUGCAUCUUCCCAAAUGAAAAUUAUUUUUGGAAUGAUUUCAAAUUUUACACACACUUUGGCAGAAACUGCAACAUGUAUUUUCCAUACUAAAUUCAUAGAGCCCUUGCUAAUGGCUGAGAAAUGCAAAUUUAGAUUAAAUAGAGCUUUAAGAUGACCGUGAGUUACCCAGCCAUGAUAAGUCAUCAUGCUAGUAUUUGUUCUUCAACAGGCAUGGUCACUCAAACAUAACUUUAAAACAAUUACAAGUAUACCAUAUUUAAACUAAAUUGCCAUAACCAAAGAAUAUUUUUUUAAAAAACAGAAUAUAAUAAAUAUAUGUAAAGGCCAUUUUUUUCAAAUUUAAAAGAAAUUACAAUAUUAUUCGACAGAUAACCAUGUAAGAUUGAUAAAUAUAAUAGUUUCAUCUUGGAAAUGGUUAUAAGUGCCAAGUUUGUACUGUAAGAUCAGCAGCUGAAGGCAUGUAUGUACAUUUUGGCAUGUAUUUUUUAUAGUGUUGCCAUAUAGAUUAUGUUUUUAGCAAAUUAGGCAUUUUGUCAUUGCUUUUUUUUGCUCCAACUGCCUUCAUGGUGUAAAAGUUCUUUGAACCACCAUUUAUUGGAUAAAGGUGUUUAUAGAGAUUUUAUCUGUUCCUUAUUAAUGGCAAAAUCAAAGAUCUUACAGAAAAUCUUCACAACAUGUACAAUGUCAACAUACAGUGACUGGAGAAAUCAUUGCCAUUUUAUUUUAUCUUUUUAACAUAGUAAUUUUUGUUUCCAGCUGUUGCUAGCAAACUAAUCGCUUUCUUUAAAACUGCAUUCAUAUUUCUAUUAACUACAUUAGAAAGCAUUAUCAACUAUUUGUUUUCAAACUAUUAAACAUUUCCAACCAGGUGCUCUUGGACUAAGUAAUGUCGAAGUCCUCUCAGUAUGUUAGUUCAAUUACAAAUACCAGAAGCAAUUGAGAAAAAAAAAGUACAAAAAGAAAGUGUUCAGUUUUAAUUUUUGUUUAAUUGUACACUCCUUUCUGUUUGAUAUUUUACUGGAUUGAUUUUUUUUAAGUCUUUUCCAAAAACUAAUGUGGCAUGCAAUUAUUAUGCUCUUUAGGUUGAAUAUAACAUUGUUUUUUUUGUUGAUAUUGCAUCUAUUGUUAUAUCAAAUUAAACAAAAUCUAUGCAUUACCCCUAUAAAUUUGCAAAUCUCAAGGAGGAUUUGUUUAGGUCAUUAUAACUUUGAUUUUACAGUCCAUAUGUAAGUCAAUACUACUUGCAAUCUCAUUUCCAGUCACUACAGUAAGGAAGAGGACCUAUUUACUGAUUUUGAGCGUUCUAAAAUUUCUGGUCCUUCAAAGUCAGAUCAAAUGCAAAUUAAUAUUCUAGUGCUGGGACUGUCAUCAUGUGUCACCUUGGUGUUAAGAUAACUUUGUCCAGAAUGAAAAAAAUUGGCAGAGACACUUAUAAAGUGCCAUUUUGAUAUAAUGAGGUAUGACUGGAUCUACGGCAGAUUUCUUUGACCUUCAAGGAAGCAACAAUUACAGUUUGCUUGCUGCAGUCUGUUUAAUUUAUGUUUCAUGCACAAAGAGAAGCAUAGCGAAGUUAGCUUAUGCUACUGACUCAACUAAGCUAUUUAAUAUUUAACCAGUGAAUGUGUUCUCUCUCUUUAACAAAUGCUUGAAGGUAUCUCACCAGAGCUCUUUGGGCUUCUAUUUGAUGUUAUCUAUUGCCACAAAGCAAUACCCGAUAUCAGAGGUGUUCAGGAGGUAGCAGAAUUUCACACUUUCUCACAUAGUUUAAAAGUGUUAAAUGGAUGUGCACAUUGUAAGCAGGUUAAAAUAUCAUUCUCUUAUUUCCGUAAGUAGAAUAAUUUGUCAGGCAAGGAGUUUAACAAAAAAUAAUGAUGCAAAUUGAAUUAAAAUGGUCAGAUGAGGAGUUGCUUUUAGGCUGGUUUGUGUUAAAAUGAUGCAAGGGGCUACAAACAUCUCAGUGCCCGGUUCUCUGAUAAAGCAAUAUUCAUAUUUAGUUUUCUGUAUCAAGUGAAACUGAGAAACAAAAGUAGGUGUUCUCCCAUGUUAGUAGGUAGCACUGGUUGCCAGACACUCUUUUUAGUAUUCAGAUAUUCUGGUGCAUGAAGUUUUCUGUGUGCCAAAAUGAAAUAUAUGAAUACUAGUAAAUGGAACUAUGUUCUUUUCUCCAGCAUGUAAUAAGGCAGGAAUCAGCUUUAUCUUAGGUCAGCCUGGUCACUGUCAAAAACUAGUUCUUCCUCUACACUGCCCAAAGAAUGUGCCUUAAUCCAAACUCCAAAGAGGACUUUAUUAUAUACCCAUAUGUGUUUCUCUUCACUUUCCAUACCCUUAUGGCACCUCUAUAUUGAGUUUGCCAGUUUAGUGUCAACUUGCAGGAAGUUUUCUAUUUAGCGUUUAUACCUAGGAGGAACUGGGUGAGGCUAACUUCAAAAAUAUUAUUUAUAGUCAAUACAGACAGUAAACUUCUAUUAACUAACAGUGGUUAGAUUUGAACCCGUGCCAGAGACUCAAAAGGAUAUUAGUGACCUAUCAUAUGAACAAGGUUCCUUCAUUUUUUUCUGAUUUGCAUACCAGAUAUUCAAGUACUCCGAGUGUUUAAACAAGUUUAGUUCAAGUAAUGAAUAACUUUGAAUCCCAGAGCUGCUCCAACUCAGGACAUGUAUUCCCAAAGUACCGCAAAAAGGCAUUUUAUUCCAUUAGUCUGCUCUGAAUUGAAUCCAGUUUCUAGUGAGAAGGCAGUAUGCUACCAACCAAGCGGCCCAUUCUCUGCAGUAGUAAUCUUUAAAUAAAGCCAAAGUAUUCAACAGGUAUUAGCUCAAUUUUAUUUGUCAUUUUGAUAGUUUCAGAAUUUAUAUCAAAACAAAAAUUUGGGUCAGGGACAAUCUAAAGAAUUAAAACUUAAUAAUAAUAGACCCUUCUGAAAAAGCAAGCCAACAAAAUUAGUACAUUACAAAUAUGGAAAGGAGCAGGAAAAUUUUAGUGGUUUAUGUUCCUUCUUUGUUUACUUUAAUUUCAUUUCCACAGAGCCCAGGAGAAUUUGACAAUUAUAUAUCAUACAGUAUAUCUUUGCAUCAGAGACAUCCUGAGGCAUGUAAGUGGCCUCUUCUGUGAUGUUAUAAUUCUGUGAGAUGUAAUCACCCUUCAAUGUUGCAAUAAACUUAUUAUCUAUUGUGGUCACUGUUUUUAACCAAACAGAGAAAAUGUUUAAUUGAACAGACAAUGAAGCAAUAUGUAUUUAUGAAUAAAAACUGUUGCAAGCUGAAUACUUCAAUACAAUGAAAAGUUUUCUCUCCAGAAAAUAUAGGCAAGGUUCAUUUAAGAGCAAGAUGCAUUUAUAUUAUCUGAAGAGGAGGGUUUGAAAGCUACCAGUAUGUGGAUAAUGAAAGUAAUGUCAUGCAAGUUUGCCUUUGAAGUUUGUUGAAAUUUCAGAGAAAUUAAAAGCAGUUCAAGUAUUAUAAUAACUGCUGAAAUGAGUCCAAUGCUGGAAAAUGCAUUCUGUUCAUAAAUGUCUUUAGUUAAACACACUUUAAUCAGUUCUCAGUCCUCUUAUUCUGUCAAAAAUAUUUGGUCCAUUCACUUCAUUUACAUCAUAUUGCAUAUAUGUACAUACUGCAAUCUGUGAUAAAAAUAUUCUCACAAUCCCACUGUUAUGAUAUAAAAUAUUACUUAGUUUUAUUGAAAUAAAGUCUGUAGACUGGAAAUAACUUUAUUGUUUUAAAGGCAGACCAUAUAUUGAUUCCAUGUGUUAUUGGUGUGUAGAUUGGUGCAACAGCCCACGAUAGAAUAAAACAUUUUCUGUCACACUGCAAUCAUAGCUCAUCUCUCAAUUUUUUUUCAACUUUUCCU